AUGGAUGAGAUCUGGGAGAGGGCGGUUGAGACAGCAUUAGACGGCCAAACUGACGUCGAUUUGGUCCGAACGCUGACUCUGGACGGCGCCGUUAAGUGCGUCCAAGGCCGUUUGCCCCCGCCGUCUCUCUUCGACAAGUUUCGCAACCUGCAGCACCUCUCCAUGGCCAACAUCGGCGUCUCGUCCCUCGACCACUUUCCCAGCCUCCGAAACCUGCAGAAGCUCAUCCUUUCCGACAACCGGAUCGCCGGUGGACUCGAGUUUCUUGUCGGCGCCGGCCUAGAUUCGCUGCGUGACCUUGAUUUAUCCAAUAACAGGAUUUCUAACAUUAACGAUUUAAGGCCGCUGGCGGAGCUGAGGUUGGUCUCUUUGGAUCUCUACGAGUGCCCUGUCACUCGGAUUAAGGACUACCGAUCUCGUGUUUUCGGUCUGAUUAGGUCGCUGAAAUAUUUGGAUAAGAUGGAUGCUGAGGAGAACGAGCGGCCAGAAUCUGAUGACGAGGAGGAGGAUGAAGAGGAUGACCCCGGGAGUGGAGAAGUUGACGGUGAUGACCGCCGGAAUGGAAACGGGCACCAGAAUGAUGGCAUCUUGGAUGUUGAUGAUGAUGAUGAUGAUGAUGAUGAUGAUGAUGAUGAUGAUAAUGAUGAUGAUGAGGAGGAGGAGGAGGAAGAGGAAGAGAGUGAUGGGGAUGAGGAUGAAGCAGAGACCUCUAUGCCGGUUAACAGUGGGGGGGAUAAUCAAGGCCAUCAUUUCUCAAAUGGAUUUAGAGGGGAGGCUGUGGAUCUUGGGGAGGAUGAAGAAGAAGGGAAUGAGGAGGAUGAUGAUUUGGUUGAGGAAAUAUUUGAGGAUGAUGAUGAAGGUGAGGAUGAUGAUGUGGUGGAAGUUCAUGAUGUAGAUGACAGUGAUGGGGAGGAUGGCGUGGAGGAUGAUGAAGAUGGCGAUGACAGUGAUGAGGAGGAGGAGGAGGAUGACGAAGAAGAAGUGGAUAAUGAUGAGAAAGGUUUUGGUGGUCCGGCAAGUAGCAGUAGGUUGACGAGAAUGGAGGGUGAAAUUGAUGGUCAUGAGCAAGGGGAAGAUGAUGCCGAUGAUGAUGGGGAAACGGGGGAGGAAGAGCAGGCUCUGGGCCACGAUGGAACCUUUGACGAUGAAGAAGAGGCUGAUGAUGAGGAAGAUGAUUAUGGGUCGAGGUACCUUGUUCAACCAGUUGGGAGGAUGGAAGUAGGAGUUAAUAACAUUGUUGAAGUAGAGAAUCCUGAAAUGGAGGAUGAUGUUGAAGAUGACCACGAUGAAGCGAAUCAUAUCAUUCUCUGCCGCCCCUCCUCCUCUCCGCCUAUCGACCUCGGUUUGCUCCCCUUCUCCGACCAUGGGCGGGCGGCCAUCUCCUUCGCGCUCUACUUUUCUUGUUGUGGCGUGGGUCCCAUCGGAUGGUCUGCAUCUUGUCGGAAUUGCCGCCAACGUCGCCCUCACGUUGAGAUCAUCUCCCUCUCCGGCUCCCUCCUUCUGCCGCCUGCACCGUGUGGCCGUGGGGUAGGGACAACUAGUCGGAAAGAUCAUGGGUACACCAACCGCAACUUGAUCGCAAAGUGGAAAAAGCACGGCUAUGAGAGGCUCUGCUGCCUGAGGUGUAUGGGCCCGGGGACCAUAACUUUCAGACCACUUGCGUCUGUCGAGUCCAGAAGCAUCUGCGUGAGGAGAAGGUCGGAGUGCGUGCAUUGCGGCUGUGGGGGCUGCGCGAGUGGAGAUUGA